ACUACAUAAAUGGACAAAUUUUUAAACAAAAAUCUGAAGAUUAUUGUUGAAUAAUAAUUUUAAUUUUUACUUGAAAAGCAAAAAAAAAUUAAUACAAUUUUUAUAUGCAUUAUUAUAAUUAAUAAUUUUAGAUUUAAAUUAUCAUUUAUAGUUAUGAUUAGUAUUUAUAUUCAGUGUCUUUGUAUUUAAUAAUAUUUUUGUGAAUUAAAUCUAAAACAAUGGUUGCAAGUAAUUUACACGAUAAUGAUGCUAGCGACUCGGAAUCUAUGACUAGUUCUUCAUCAGCUAAUAGUAGUAAUCAAUCUUCUAGAUCUGCUUCACCUGCUCAUCAAGCUCAUACUCCAUCAGGUUCAGAACCUCAAUCUCCUGGAUCAAAAUCUCAUUCCAGGAGUAAUUCGGGAUCAGCAUCCCCUGCUAAAUCUCCUGAAGGCUCUCGCUCACCAUCUCCUACUAGUAGAGCUUCUAGUGUAGCAUCAGCAGUAUCGGCUAUAUCAGGUCGAUCAGCAACUCCUGCAGGUUCAGUAACAUCUAAUCAAUCAGUAGUUAGUGGUAAAAGUGAUUCAUCCCAUGCUAGUCGUUCAACUAAUCGUAGUAGAGCUAGCUCUGCUAAAAGCAAUAAAUCUAAAUCAAGUUCAACUAGCCAAAAGAGUAAUACAUCAAAAAAGUCACACUCAUCAUCUCCUGAAGUAUCUAAAACUAAACAAGAUUCAGAUGAUAGUGAUGGAUCCGUAAUAGGUAAAAAACCACGCAGAACUGUUAAAAAAAGUUCUAGUGUUUCUGGAGAAGACUCAUCUGAUAAAGAAGACAAAGCAAAACAAAGUGAUUCUGAAGCUUCAGAAAAAUCCCCUAAGGAAAAUGACUUAUUUGGUGAAGCAGAUGAUAUCAGUUCUGACGAAGAACAACCAAAAACACCUAAACCCACCAGUGAUGAUGAAGAUGGAGACCGUGAGAAAAGUGAUAAUGAUGAAAAAGGUAGUGAUGAUGAUGAAAAUGAAAACGCUGAAGAUGAUAAAGAAAAAGAAGCAGAAGAACCUAUUCCAGAAAGACGAAUAGCUGUAGAAAUACCUAAAAUAUCUGUAGAUUUAGGAAGUGAUUUACAUUUUGUAAAAUUACCUAAUUUUUUAUCAGUUGAAACAAGACCAUACGACAAAGAAACUUAUGAAGAUGAAAUUGACGAAGAAGAAACAUUAGAUGAAGAAGGACGUGCUAGAGUUAAAUUAAAAGUUGAAAAUACAAUUAGAUGGCGUGAAAUAUUUGAUAAGGAUGGUAAUUUAGUAAAAGAAAGUAAUGCCAGAAUAAUUAAAUGGUCUGAUGGAAGCAUGUCUUUGCAUUUAGGAUCAGAAAUAUUUGAUGUUUAUAAACAACCACUUGUAGGAGAUCAUAAUCAUUUAUUCAUUCGUCAAGGUACAGGAUUACAGGGUCAAGCUGUAUUUCGAACCAAACUAUCAUUUCGACCUCAUUCAACUGAAUCAUUUACACAUCGUAAAAUUACCUUAUCAUUAGCUGAUAGAUCACAAAAAUCAUCUGGCAUAAAAGUUCUAUCACAAGUUGGAGCUGAUCCAGAUGCUAAUAGAUAUGAAAAAAUCAAAAGAGAAGAAGAGAAGUUACGUCAAUCAAUGCGUAAAGAAACAAAAGUUAAAAGAGCCAGAGAACGAGGCGCUACUAGUAAUCUAAGUUCUUCUUACUUAGAACCAGAAAGAGAGGAUGGAUCAGAUGAUGAAAAUGCCAUAUCUCUAUCUGCCAUCAAAAAUAAGUUUAAUAAAAAGAAUACAAGUAUUUCAAAAAUCGAUAAAAGCAAUAUUUAUUCAUCUGAAGAUGAUAGCUCAGAUAUGGAUACCAAGAAAAAAAGACAAACUCGGAUAGUAUCUGACUCUGAUGAAGAAGAUUAGACAAUCUUUUAAACAGUGAUUUUUUUAACAAAUUGUUUAGUACAUAAAAACUAUUUGUCUCUUGUACAGAAAAUUUUGUAAAAAUAAAUAAAUUUAAACUUUUUGUA